CCACAAAGAAUGGAAUUUACACAAUCUUCCCAUUAUGACCUUAUCAAUAUUAAAGUCAUUACACCAUUGCUGAGGUCACAAAGUUGAGUAAGUAUAUCUUUAUGAUGAAGAACCUUUUAAUGUGAUUGGAUAAUUUUAAUCUACAGGGAACAACAGCAGUUUGCAGUAGGCCUAACUAUGGACUUUGCUCUGUGAUUAUGUGAUCACACCUAUAACAGUUGAUGUGCAGAAUCAGUCACACAGUACUGAGACAUUUAACAGUGCAUUAUUCCUGCUUUUGUGGUUAGUGUGUCUUUACACAUUGAAAUCUCAAGAUAUUCAAGAUGGCUGCUGCCAGUAAUGUACAGCAAUUUCUUGAGCAUUUGGAUGAGAAAGUGUUAGAAUGUCCACUUUGCUACAAAAGGCUUAAGGAUCCUAAAACACUUCCCUGCCUCCACACUUAUUGCUUAUCAUGUCUCACUAAAUGGGUCAAUGAGAAGGGUAGGCUACAAUGUCCAAACUGUCGCCAAUUCUAUGACAUUCCCAAUGGUGGACUGAAAAAAUUGCCUCCAAACAUAUUCAUCAAUAAUCUACUGGAAUGUAUUGAGCAAUUUGAGAAUGCAGACAAAAUGAAAUGCUAUUGUGGAAAAAACACUGCAGACUUCUACUGUCAGGAGUGCAUGCAGUACAUAUGUACUGCAUGUAAACACACUCAUGAAACUUUACCUGCACUGCUACAACACAAAUUACAUACAAUAGAAGAUAUUCAGUCGAUGACAAUAACACAGUUGUCUGCAUUACGUCCCCCGCUCUGUCCUGCUCACAAAAAAGAACUGGAAUUUUACUGUAAUAUUUGUAAAGUUCCUGUUUGUAUGCACUGUACUGUCACUGAUCAUAAAGAGUUAGGUGGUAAGCAUGAACUUAAUCAUAUAUCUGAAGCAUUCAAGUUUUUCAAACAAACAUCUACAAUGUUGAAAAAAGAUGUUGAUGCCUAUAAAAACAAGAUUCAGGAGGCUCUUACUAAAGUUCAGCAUAAAAUUAAUAAACUUGAACAGUGUAGAAAAAAAUGUAGAAAGGAUAUCAACAACUUUGUUGAAGACAUGAUUAAAAUGAUAACAGAAAAAGGUGAGGAACUUAGCAGGAACUUAGAUGAAGUGUACACAAAAAAGAAAAGAAUUACGGAUACACAAACAGAUGAACUCAACACUAUUUUGCUGAAUGUUGACACGAAAUGGAACUUUAUUGCUCAAUUACUAAAAAGCAAUGAAGCAACAGCUUUGCAGUCAAGUCAUAAUGCAAUUGCAGGUCUACAAGAAACAAUCCAGCAAUUACCAGAAACAGAACCAAAGGAUAAUGGAGAAAUGUAUGUUAACCUCAACAAAGAAUAUAAUGCAAAAGCACUCGGACAGAAAGCAUUAGGUUUCAUUACUGAGACAUGUUUUGAAAUAAUAAAUGUACGCACAAUGUUGACAAAAGAAUAUGCAUUUGAGUGUAAAAUAGUUCAACAUAGUUCUACUGAUGUAGACAGUAAUUUACUUAAAGCUACAUUGACCUCUCCAGGAGAGGAAACAAAAUUGCAAAUAUCAAAACAUGAUAGAAGAAAGCAUGUAAUGAGGUCAAAGUUCAAAUGUACUGGUGUUUGGAAACUUGAAGUCAGUUUUAGUGAUGACCCAAUAAGAGGAUCUCCUUUGAUGAUCAAUGUAGAGAAGCAAAGUCUGGUUAAAACAAUAGAAACAAAUGUGAUUAAUCUAUGCAAUGUAGUGAUGGCUGACGAUGGUUGUCUGUUAGUGUCAGCUUUGAGCAAUGAAAUUCACAGCUAUAAACAGUCUGGAGAAUAUGCCAGUAAGAUAACACUACUAUCAAAUGUGAAGGUUAGAUCAAUGUACAAAAUGAAAAAGAAUGAUUUGAUAAUAUUUACUGAUGGGGGAAAUAAAUGCAUAACAUUAUGCAAAUCAGAUGGUCAUGUGAUCAAAUCAAUUGGUAAGGGAGUGUUAAAGAAUCCCUAUGGAAUUGAUGUAAAUGAGAAAUUAAAUGUAGUGUAUGCUGCAGACAUCAAUGAACACUGUGUGUUCAUGUUUAACAUGGAUAGUGAUCAGAUGAUCAGAAACAUUGGGUCAAAAGGUGAAAGAGAAGGUGAAUUGUGGAGACCAUGUGAUGUUACUGUUACUAAUGAAGGACAUCUCAUUGUAGUAGACCGUUAUAAUCACAGAUUACAAUUAUUUGAUGAUGAAGGCAAAUUCAUCAAGGUUCUUGUAGGUAAAGGUGAUCAGGAUGGUAAGGUGCAGUAUCCAUGUGGAGUGAUAAUAGAUAAGGAUAAUAACAUGCUUGUAACAAGUGAGAAUAAACUACAGUUAUUCAACAGUGAUGGACAUUUCAUUAAAAGAAUUGAUCAAAAAGAAGAUGGAUUAAAUUAUCCUUUUGGAUUAUCAGUAGUUUCUUAUAAUCCAAGAAAAGUUGCUAUAGCAAAUUGUAGUGGUAGGAACAUUAAAAUAUUUAAUUACUGA